AUUAUUCGUAAUUUUUGUCAAGUGAAAUUCUAAAGUUAUUAAAUAUACAAUCUUUUUAACUAUGUUUUUAGUAAUUCCUGAGUUUGAAAUUAAAUGUUUUAUAUUGCCUCUUUAGUAUUCAUAGAGAAUAUCAUUUCUUAUGAAGAUCUUGAAAUGUCUUCCUACUCAAAAAGAAAAUCGACUAUGAAAGAAAUCCUUCCACGUAUUUCUGAAGUGAAAUCAUGUUUCAACAAACCAGAUUUUCUUUCUAUACCAUCUGUUGAAAUGCAGGUGAUUGAUUUACCCAUUUCCUAUGAUUUCCAUGCUAAUUUGCCUGCUGCUACUGAUGAAGAAUUGAUGUUAAUUGAUUGGAAGUUAAAAGGAGAUAAAUCUUAUCGAGAAAAAUUGACUCGUUAUCUGUACAAAGCAGGUGGAGAAGGAUCUAUUCUUUCUUUUAUGACUAAAAUGCUGAAAGCACUGUUUGUACGUGACGUUGCCAUCCAGUAUAGCAUGUAUGGAAAAAAGGGGAAAAAGCCUUUUGUUAAUCUUAUGGAUAUCUGUGCAAUAAUAUUUGGUGUUGCCUCUGUGAAAUUUCCUCUCAUGAGCCAAAAUGAUAUCAGUGAAAGAUUAUCGCGAGCUCUAGCUUUAGUCUGUGAUUGGAGUCAGGGUCUGACUAAGGCAGUUGUCCCGGUCUCCCACAUUAGAAGGGCCCCCCAAAUCGAAUAGAAAGUUUAUUUUACAUUAUUUAUUUAAUAACGACAUUUCGUCUGGCCCUUGGAGGGAGGGGCACUUUAUAGCUAUUUUAGGUUCUAGUCAAUUUUCUUGUUAUAUAUCUAUAAUGAGGUGAAAAAUUUAAAUACAUCAUCAAAACGCCCAGUAAGCCGGCAUUAAAAAAAAGAAGGGGAAAAAAUAACCUUAAACCAAGCAAACAUUUUGCUCGAUAAGCCUCGUUUUAUCCAUUAUACAGGGUAAUUCAAAUUGAAUAUAGCAAUUUCA